CUGUCGACGAAACUGUCGAAGAUGUUGUUGAUAAAGCUGGCGAUUGUGUUAUGGAUAAAACUGUUAAUUGUGUUGUUGAUAAAACUGUUGAUGGUAUUGCCGAUAAAAUUGGUGUUGUUGGCAAAUAUUCCAAUCAUUCUGUAUUUGAAGGCAUUAAUUCCUGUCUUCGUUUUCCUGGAAAAUUAGUAUCCUCCGUAGGUGGAGGUGAAACAGUAUCUGGAGGCGAUGCAGUUUCUGUAGGAAUAUUCGGAGAUGGUGCAGUUUCCGUAGGAAUAUCCGGUGAUGCAGUCUCUAUAGAAAUAUUCGGAGGUAGUGAUGUUUCCGUAGGAGGAUAA